AAUGCGACUCCCAAAGUUCCAUUCCAUUCCAUGUAACUGCAAUUUUCAGCAAAGCAUCACCGAGCGAGUAGCAUUAGCAUGGGUCAACAACAUUCCAAAUCGCCGCCGUCGUCGUCGUCGGAAGGGAACGGGUCGCGUUCUCGUCUUUCACGCUUCAAAGCCCGUCUUCACCGUCGUUCCAAAAGCUCUACCAACGCCUCUUCCGCCACUCGCAAACUACUCUCCAAUGACAACUUCGCCGGAAUCGCUCUCUUCACUCUCCUUCACGCGGAGAUGCAGUUCAAGGAUAAAUGGAUUGCGUGCCUUACUCUCGGAGAACAGACUUUCCGAACAAAGACCUCUGAACAAACCAAUAAACCAAUUUGGAAUUCUGAAAAGAAACUUCUUCUGGAACAGAAUGGGCCUCAUGUUGCAAGAAUUUCUGUCUUUGAGACCAACAAACUAUCCCGCAAUACACUUGUCGGAUGUUGUGAGGUCGAUCUGUUUGAAUUUCUGACCCAGGAUUCUGAUUCUGACAGUGAAGUCCUUGACCUUUUAGAUCCAUCAGUUCCUGGAAAAGUGGUUGGGAACAUAUCCAUUUCAUGCUCUGUAGAGGAUCCAAUUGAAACAGAGAAAGGCUUUAUUAAACGUAUUUUAUCCAUCGUGGACUACAAUGAAGAUGGGAAGCUUUCACUUUCUGAAUUUUCUGACCUAAUUGAUGCUUUUGGCAAUCAGUUAGCUACCAACAAGAAAGAGGAGCUGUUCAAAGCAGCUGACAAGAAUGGAGAUGAUGUUGUGAGCAUGGAUGAAUUGGCUUCCCUUCUUGCUUUUCAACAAGAAAAGGAACCAUUAUUGAAUUGCUGCCCUGUUUGUGGCGAGGUUCUUCAAAUUUCUGACCAGUUGAACAGCAUGAUCCACUUAACUCUCUGUUUUGAUGAAGGGACCGGAAACCAGGUGAUGACUGGAGGAUUCUUAACAGAUAAGCAGGCUUCUUAUGGGUGGUUCUUGAAACUGAGUGAAUGGGCCCAUUUCCAAUCCUAUGAAGUUGGUCUUCGAUCUGGAUCAAGUGCUUCCCAUAUUCUGGUAUAUGAUCGGAAGUCUCAAAGACUUGUUGAAGAACGAAUUGACAAAAAGAUUGUUUUGUCAAUGAGAGCCAUUUAUCAGUCAAAAAUCGGUCUUGGUCUAAUGGACAUAGGGGUGAAGGAGCUCUUGCAAAAUAUUUCUGAAAAGCAGGGAGCACAAAUGGAUUCACCUGAAUCGGCUGCUGAUAUACCAAAAUUUAUUGAAUCUUUUAAGGAUCAACUUAAUUUGGCAGAAUGCAAGUAUCCACUGGAACACUUUAAGACAUUCAAUGAAUUUUUCAUUAGAGAGUUAAAGCCUGGUUCAAGGCCAAUUGCUUUGGCUGAACGUGACGACAUUGCUGUGUGUGCUGCUGAUUGCCGUCUUACUGCAUUUAAAUCAGUUGAUGAUAGCACAAGAUUUUGGAUCAAGGGUCGAAAGUUUUCCCUUCAAGGCCUUUUGGGGAAAGAAAUGAGUUCCAGUGCUUUUGUUGAUGGAACAAUGGUUAUUUUCCGCUUGGCACCACAGGAUUAUCACCGUUUCCAUGUGCCAGUAUCAGGAAUUAUUGAGCAAUUUGUAGAUAUCCCUGGAUGCCUCUAUACAGUCAAUCCCAUUGCUGUUAAUAGCAAGUAUUGUAAUGUAUUCACGGAGAAUAAGCGAGUUGUUUCAAUAAUUUCAACUGUAGAUUUUGGAAAGGUGGCAUUUGUUGCAAUAGGAGCUACAAUGGUUGGUAGCAUUACUUUUACAAAGAAAAAGGGCGAUCAUGUCAAGAAGGGAGAUGAGUUCGGAUAUUUCUCAUUUGGUGGAAGCACUGUAAUUUGUGUUUUUGAAAAGAAUUCAAUUACAAUUGAUCAAGACCUUCUAAUAAAUAGCACCAGACCGCUGGAGACCUUGGUUUCUGUGGGGAUGAGAUUGGGCGUCUCUACAAGGAAACUGUCAUGAUUUAGUGUUGACUCACAUGGAAAUAUUGAUCCUGUGCAAUUUCUUUGAAUCAGUACAUCUUCACUAUUCACGGCAUUAUGUGCGUUUGUUGCCUUUAUGUGCAUUGUCCACAGUUUGAUCUCUAUGGAUUAAACUGGAAGUUACGCCUGAUGGAAAUGUCUUUGGAUAUUUCACCAAGUAGUAUUACACAAGGUUGUAAACGUCUCAACUUUCUCAAAACGAUAUUAUGAACGUUUCAUGACUUGUCCCUUUA